AUGUCUGGUAGUUGCUGUUCUAGGAAAUGCUUCUCCGUGCCAGCCAUCUCUCUCUGCUCCACCGAGGUGAGCUGUGGAGGCCCCAUCUGCCUGCCCAGUUCCUGCCAGAGCCAGACAUGGCAGCUGGUGACUUGUCAAGAUAGCUGUGGAUCAUCCAGCUGUGGACCACAGUGCUGUCAGCCCUCCUGUCCUGUGAGCAGCUGUGCCCAACCCCUGUGCUGUGAGCCUGCCAUUUGUGAGCCUUCUUGCUCUGUGAGCAGCUGCUGCCAACCCGUGUGCUGUGAGGCCACCACCUGUGAGCCUUCUUGCUCCGUGAGCAGCUGCUGCCAACCCGUGUGCUUCGAGGCCACCAUUUGUGAGCCUUCUUGCUCCGUGAGCAGCUGUGCUCAACCUGUGUGCUGUGAGCCUGCUAUUUGUGAGCCUUCUUGCUCCGUGAGCAGCUGCUGCCAACCCGUGUGCUGUGAGCCUGCUAUAUGUGAGCCUUCUUGCUCUGUGAGCAGCUGCUGCCAACCUGUAUGCUCUGAGGCCACUUCCUGCCAACCAGUCCUCUGUGUGCCCACUUCCUGCCAGCCUGUCCUCUGCAAAUCCAACUGCUGCCAGCCAGUUGUCUGUGAGCCCAGCUGCUGUUCAGCUGUCUGCACCCUGCCUAGUUCCUGCCAACCUGUGGUCUGUGAGCCUGCCUGCUGUCAGCCAGUGUGCCCGACAUCUACCUGCUCUGUGACCAGUGGCUGCCAGGCUGUCUGCUGUGACCCCAGCCCUUGUGAGCCAUCUUGCUCAGAGUCUAGCAUCUGCCAGCCAGCUACCUGUGUGGCUCUGGUCUGUGAGCCAGUUUGCCUCCGCCCUGUCUGCUGUGUUCAGAGCCCGUGCGAGCCAUCUUGUGUCCCCAGCACUUGCCAAGAGCCUUCUUGUUGUGUCUCCAGUAUCUGCCAACCCAUCUGCUCUGAGCCCAGCCCCUGCUCACCAGCUGUCUGUGUGCCCAAUCCAUGCCAACCUACUUGCUAUGUAGUCAAGCGCUGUCGUUCUGUCUGCCCUGAGCCAGUUUCCUGCCCAUCUACCUCCUGCCGACCUCUUUCCUGCCGUCCAGGGUCUUCUGCAUCUGCCAUCUGCCAACCAACUUGUCCUAGGACUUUCUACAUACCCAGUUCCAGCAAACGGCCUUGCAGUGCUGCAGUUUCCUACCGCCCGGUCUCCCGUCCAAUCUGCCGCCCAAUCUGCUCUGGACUCUUCACCUAUAGGCAGCCAUAUGUGACAUCCAUCUCCUACCGUCCCUCUUGUUACCGCCCAUGCUACUCCAUCCUGCGCCGCCCAGCCUGUGUCACUUCCUACUCUUACCGCCCAGUCUGCUUCCGCCCGUCUUGCACUGAGUCCAACUCUUGCAAACGGGAUUGCAAAAAAUCCACUUCCAGCCAAGUUGAUUGUGUUGACUCAACCCCCUGCAAGGCGGAUGUCUCAGAAGAGGGUCCCUGCCAGCCCACUGAAGCCAAACCCAUCAGCCCAACCAACCGUGAGGCUGCAGCAGCUCAGCCUGCUGCCAGCAAGCCUGCCAACUGCUAA